GUGAACAAGACCGACGAGCAACGAUUAUGAUUUUUGUUUAAUAAUAAAUGUCCCGUUCUCUAUAGCAUAGAAACAUAGGUCAACUAACUUUUGAAACCAAGACCAGUCUUUGAUUCCAGACACCGUGGAGAGAAGUGUGGCCAGGCUGGACUGAAGAGUGUCCCGAACAGAGCCUAAAUGGGCAACCAUAGUCGAUGAAGAAAGUUGAAAGUUGAAAGUUGAGGUAUGGCAGCAGGUGGAUGGUGCCACUGUGCCUGGGCGGGUCUUCUCAGCCUGCUUGUGUUCAGCUGGGGUGCCUGGACCCUCAACCCGGAUGACCCUAACGUGUGCAGCCAAUGGGAGAGCUAUGCAGUGACGGUGCAGGAGUCCUACUCCCACCCGUUUGACCAGGUCUACUACACUCGCUGCACUGACAUCCUCACCUGGUUCAAGUGCACCAGACACAGGACCAGUUACAAGACAGCGUACCGGCGGGGCGUGAGGACCAUGUACCGACGCCGCUCCCAGUGUUGCCCCGGCUUCUACGAAAGUGGAGAGCUGUGUGUUCCCAGGUGUACAGAGGAGUGUGCUCACGGCCGCUGUGUUUCUCCAGAUACCUGCCAGUGUGAGCCAGGCUGGGGGGGCAGGGACUGCUCCAGCGGCUGUGAGCAGGGCCUCUGGGGCCCCCACUGCAGUAACCGCUGCCAGUGUCGCCAUGGUGCCCAGUGCAGCCCCAUCACGGGGGCGUGUGUGUGCACAGAGGGCUACCAGGGCUGGCGCUGUGAGAACACCUGCCAGCCCGGUCGCUACGGUAAUGGCUGCCUGCUGGAGUGCCGCUGUCUGAACGGAGCCACGUGCCGGCACGACACCGGGCAGUGUGUGUGUGCUCCAGGGUACACUGGGCCCACCUGUGGUGAACCCUGUCCUGAUGGUAACCAUGGCGCCCAGUGUGAGCAGCGUUGUCCCUGUCAAAACGGUGGAACGUGCCAUCACGUGACUGGGGUGUGCUCCUGCCCCCCAGGCUGGAUGGGCCCAGUGUGUGCAGAGCCAUGUGCAUUUGGCAGCUAUGGUGUCAGCUGCAGCCAGCCGUGUUUGUGCCAGAACUCAGGCUUGUGUGACCAUAUCAGCGGACUCUGCCAGUGCAACGCUGGACACAGAGGAGACAGGUGUGAGGAGGAGUGUGUGUCCGGCUCCUUCGGCCCCCAGUGUGCUCUUCCGUGUGUUUGUCAGAACGGAGCAUCUUGCCACCCGGUGUCGGGGGCGUGUCUGUGUGACGAGGGCUUCCAGGGGCCCCGCUGUGAGGCCCGGCUCUGCCCCUCUGGUCUCUACGGACGCAGCUGCGACAGGUCCUGCCCCUGUAACCCCGACAACACCCUCAGCUGUCAUCCGUUGACGGGUGAGUGUUUGUGCUCUGCUGGGUGGGCGGGGCUUCACUGCAACGAGACCUGCUCUUCUGGUUACCACGGCCAUGGCUGCAAGGAGCCAUGCGACUGUGCAAACGGUUCGGGCUGCAACAGCAUCACCGGGGCCUGCAUCUGUGCUCCUGGACGCACGAGUGAGGACUGCUCCGCCCGCUGUCCGGACGGUCUGUAUGGGAUGAACUGCAGCCACCUCUCCUCCUGCUCACAUGUAGAUGGCUCCUGCAUCUGCACAGCAGGUUGGCAGGGUGUGGACUGCAGCCUAUCCUGUCCCAGUGGGACCUGGGGGCUGAGCUGUAACCAGACGUGUCUGUGUGCCAACGGCGCUGCAUGUGACCCCGUCACAGGCUCCUGUACCUGCAGCCCCGGCUGGAGGGACCAGUACUGCCACAUCCCCUGUCCUGAUGGUACCUACGGGCAGGACUGCCGAGAGAACUGUGACUGUGUCCAUGCCGACAGUUGUGACCCUGUGAGUGGGACCUGUCACUGCCUGGCUGGCUGGACAGGAGUGCAGUGUGAGGCGGUGUGUGAGGGGGGCCGCUGGGGCUCCAACUGCUCCUCCAGGUGUGACUGUGGAGACGGAGGCUCCUGCUUCCCCCAGGAUGGCACGUGUGUGUGUGCUCCUGGGUACCGAGGCUCCUCCUGCCAGCGCAAAUGUUCUCAAGGGUUCUACGGCCAGCACUGCAGCCUGACCUGCCCCCCGUGUCUCCAUAGCGACGGGCCAUGCCACCACACCAGCGGACUCUGCCAGUGUCUCCCUGGAUACACCGGCUCCCUCUGCAUCCAAGUGUGUCCAAGUGGCAGGUUUGGGAAGGACUGUGCUGAGGUGUGUGUGUGCACCAACAACAGUACCUGCAACCCCAUCGAUGGAUCUUGCCAGUGCUACCCUGGCUGGCUUGGAGAAGACUGCUCCCAAGCGUGUCCUGCCGGCUCCUGGGGACCCGACUGCGUCCACAUGUGUAGCUGCCACAACGAGGCCCAAUGCAGCACUGCAGACGGACACUGCAGCUGUAGCGCAGGCUGGAAUGGACCGUACUGCUCCCAGCGUUGUCCCCCUGGUUUCUAUGGGGAUGCAUGUGCCCAGGCAUGUCACUGCCAGAAUGGAGCUGUCUGCCACCACAUCAGCGGAGUCUGCUCCUGCAAAACCGGAUUCAUAGGACCCAGCUGUGAACAGAAGUGUCCACUGGGACUGUUUGGUUAUGGCUGCCAGCAGCUGUGUGAGUGUAUGAACAAUGCCAGCUGUGACUACGUGACCGGGACCUGCUACUGCAGCACCGGCUACAAAGGCAUCCGCUGUGACCAGGCCGCUGUGUGGAUGGAGGAGCUGAACCCGUACACCAAGAUCAGUCCUGCGCUGGUGUCGGCCCGCCGGUCUGUAGGCGCUGUGCUGGGGGUCAUCUUCCUCCUGCUCCUCAUCCUCACCUCGCUGGCUCUGGCCGUGUGGCGACGUCACCGCCGUCAGGAAAAGGAACACACAGCCUGCGUCUCCUACACGCCCACCCAGCCAGGAGACACGGAGCAGCCCUCCUCUGGUGUGUCCCCCAGCAGGAGCCUGGCUAGCUGCUCCAACCCCGGCUACCUGACUCUGGGCGCCUGCUCGUACGCGGGCCACUACACUCGGCCCGACAAGAAGACGUCUGCCAAGGUGAAGACUAAGAGAAGGUACCGGAACAGUGCCCCAGAGUGGGGAGCUUACUACAACCUGAACGAGAUGGGUGUUUACUGUUUGGACAGACGGUACAGCUACCAUGUAGAGCAGUGCUACAAAGACUACAUGAAGGGCUCCGUGUCCAGCUCGUGCUCCCAGGGCAGUGAGAACCCCUACGCCACCAUCCCUGAGUCCGCCGCCCGGCCCUCAGAGAGCAGCUACGUGGAGAUGAAGUCUCCUGUCCACCACUUGCACCACCCAGACCUAUCCUGCUGCUCCUCCACUGUGGUCACCAACCCUGCCCUCGCCCUCACCCACCCUGCCCUCACCCACCCUGCCCUCACCCACCCUGCCCUCACCUAUGCUAACACCUCUAAACCUGCUGCAACUAGCAGAAACAUCUACAACCAGGAGCCGUCCGUCGCCAUCCUCCACCGGGCCGGUGGCUUGGUGGCAGCCGGCUACCUCCAGAGCCCCUAUGACCUGCCGAGGAACAGCCACAUCCCUGCCCACUACGACCUGCUGCCUGUACGCUUCAGCCCUGCACACAGCCCUCCUCUGCCUACAGACUCCUCUAGCUCUGUGCUAUAGAGCACUCUGUUUUUGACCCAAAAUGGCUUCUACUAAUUUAUGCAACUGAGGACUGACUUUGUCACCUUGGUGGCAACGUUGGUACCAAACUAUUUAACACUUUUUAUUUACUUCUGGUGGUCUGGAGAAUUUACCAAAAGGUGACGUGAAAGACAUUUGUUCAACUCCUGGAGGUUUGUGUUGGGCACUCCAGCACUUCUUAGCAUGGUAUGGCGGGAAGACUGUGGACCAUGACGAGGGACAUCAAGAGACAGAUGUUGUGAUGAUGUCGUUACGCUCAGAAUUGUCAUGCCUGAUUUCUAACUCAAACACAUUUGUGUGCAGCUCUUUAAUUGAACUCCAAUAUGAACUAGCCAAUCAGAAGCAAGGAAUGCCUGAUGCCGCUACAUGUCCUGGAGCAGAAAUUCGACAAAUGCAGACAUAAACCCUGCAUCAUUAGGGAUCAGCAUUACCUCUGCCCUGCAUCAUUAGGUAUCAACAUGACCUCUGCGUGUCUGUCUGUGACCCGAAAGAACACACGCUGUUCUUCUAGUUCUGGUAUUUAUACAUUAUCUUAUUUUGUGUUUACUUUGCAUGUUUAAGAUCAAAACUGUCCUGUAAUGCCUUUUGGCAGACACAAUCUUUUGUAUUUGUUAAGUUGAGAGAAAUGUAACAAUUAUAUUACUGUGCAGUAGUUAUGUGAUUUGUUAGGACGUAAAGCUCAUGUGCAUGCGUGCCAGAUUAUAAAUCUGUUUAGUAGUUUAUGGAGCAAUUCCGUCAUUGCUCCAUGUAUCAUUUGUAAAAACAGACUUUAUAUUCAGCCUAACCCUUUAAAGAUCCCAUGACAUGCUGUUUUUGGAUGCUUUUAUAUAGGCCUUAGUGG